AUGGCCUCCAUGCAAAAAGUCUUCGCCGGCUAUGCCGCACGCCAGGCUGUUCUUGAGGCGAGCAGCAACCCCUACGCAAAGGGCAUCGCCUGGAUAGAAGGCGAAUACGUCCCGCUCGCCGAGGCCCGCAUCCCACUCCUCGACCAAGGCUUCAUGCACAGCGACCUGACCUACGAUGUGCCAUCCGUUUGGGACGGGCGAUUCUUCCGCCUCGACGACCAUCUCACCCGACUCGAAGUUAGCUGCGAAAAGCUGCGCCUGAAGGUACCUCUGCCCCGCGAAGAGGUCAAGCGGGUCCUGGUCGAUAUGGUCGCCAAGAGCGGCAUCCGCGAUGCUUUCGUGGAGCUGAUCGUGACCCGGGGUCUGAAGGGCGUGCGCGGUACCAAGCCCGAGGAUAUCGUGAACAGUCUCUAUAUGUUUAUUCAGCCCUACGUUUGGGUCAUGGAGCCCGAGGUGCAGCCCACAGGUGGCAGCGCUAUUAUCGCCCGGACGGUGCGACGCGUGCCUCCCGGCGCUAUCGAUCCUACGAUUAAGAACUUGCAGUGGGGAGACCUGGUCCGGGGCAUGUUUGAGGCGUCGGAUCGGGGUGCUACGUAUCCGUUUUUGACGGACGGCGAUGCUCAUCUGACGGAGGGGUCGGGGUUCAAUAUCGUCCUGGUCAAGAAUGGCGUCUUGUAUACCCCGGACCGUGGUGUCUUGCAGGGAAUUACGCGCAAGAGUGUGUUUGAUGCUGCGCGAGCCUGUGGAAUUGACGUGCGUUGCGAAUUUGUGCCUGUGGAGCUGGCCUACAAUGCCGAUGAGAUCUUUAUGUCCACUACCGCUGGGGGUAUUAUGCCCAUCACCUCUCUGGAUGGGAAACCGGUCAAUGGAGGCCAGGUUGGUCCAAUUACCAAGGCUAUUUGGGAUACGUAUUGGGCCAUGCACUAUGACCCGGCCUACAGCUUUCAAAUUGACUAUGAUGAUGCUCAGAAGUCUGGUGUGAACGGAUUUGGGAAGCUGUGA